AUGAAUAACCAUGAACAUGGGAAGAGAACCGAUUCUAUGGAGGAAUACGAAUGGGUUCAGGCAGAAACCGGAGAAACGAGUAACACAACGAAAAAUGUAUGCUUUGCUUCCGCUUCGAAGGAGGCACAGGAGGACGUGUGCAUAUCUAAUCGAACGACGGAAAAUGAGAACGAUAAGGAGGAACUAGCGGGUGGGUACUUUUCUUCAUCGGAUGGGUCCGCAAGGGAGUGUUACGGGGGGGUAGAUGAAAGGGGUGCCGACCCUGUCGCGUGCGGUCCUAACACGCAGCACAGCCCCGCCGUGUCACACAAGCUAGUCGCUCCCCACUUGGACAGCUGCUCCGAUCCCACCCUUGACAGACCCCCCCACGGGGAACAAAAAAACAGUGGAGUGGUCAAAAUAUGCAUCAGCAGCGUAGGCGGAAUGGGUGGAGAGUCCUUCCCGAAUGGCCCCGAGGGGGAGGGCUCCCCGCAGUGCUACGACGAGAGGAUGCUGUCCCCGGUUUAUAAGGGCGAGGGGAACCACGCCGCGAAGGGGGGCGAGAAGGAUAUCACUAAGGGAGGCGCAAAGGGAAGCGAGAAGGGAAGCGAAAAGGAAAGCGAAAAGGACAUCACUAAGGACAUCGCUAAGGACAUCGCUAAGGGCAUCGCUAAAGACGCCGCUAACCAACACACAACGGAAUGCUCAGCGAACGACGCAAAAAUGAACGCAGUCAACGAACUGAUGCGAAACAUAAGACAGUUCAACCACUCCAUGCAAUCCAUAUCUUCCACCAGUGAUACACUCUUCCAACAGAACCUGUCCAAAAUGUAUUCAGAGCUUGCAUCUACUAAAAAUUUAGAAUCGCUCAGUGGGUUCUAUGAAGAGGUUCCCCUAAGCGGAGCUACAGUGAAGGAGGGACAGCAGAAAAAUACGCAUGACUCACCAGUAGGGAAAGAAGCAGACAGUGUCGUUAACACAUACACGAGCACUUGCAACGAUUGGAAGAGGCAAACUAACUGCGCUGACGAGAGGGGACCAUAUACACUGAACGAGAUGGAAGGGGAGGGAAAAGAACAAGCUGACAGGGACCUGCAGGGGAAGAAAUACUCGAUGAGUGAGAUUAGUCCCCUACACUUGACAAAGAAGGACUCGAAUGGCAUUUCGUCGAAUCAGUGGGAACAAAUGAAGAGGAGCUUCUGCGACAUUGAGAAUAAUUUGAUGCAUCUGAGCAGGGCCAGCAUGGGUUCUACUGUGGUAGGUUCUGAGCUGAUGGGCACCGCCGCAAUGGGUUCUACUGUGGUGGGUUCUGAGCUGAUGGGUACCGCUGCAAUGGGUUCUACUGUGGUGGGUUCUGAGCUGAUCGGCACCGCGGCAAUGGGUUCUACUGUGGUGGGUUCUGAGCUGAUCGGCACCGCCACAAUGGGCUCUACUGUGGCGGGUUCUGCGCUGAUGAACACUGUCGGGUUCGAGGCGGAUGAAGCGUACAUCGGAGGAGCCAGCUCCCCCUCCACCCCUAACCUCUCGUACGCGACGCUCGACAUGGAAAAGUGGCACUCCUCAGGCGAGUUCUUUCCCACCAUGGACUACACUGUUGUUCACUCGAGGCAUAUUAACUUGGACGUCACCGGCUCAGCAAAACUGACCAAGCUGAACCUCGGGAAAGCCAACAAUCUGCAGAGUAAUGUAUUCUCGAAGGAGGAGGAAGCCAUGAGUGGGAAGACACCACCCCGAGGGGAAGGAGCCAAAGUGGAGAGCGCAAAAGUGGAGAACUCCAAAAUGGAGAACUCCAAAAUGGAGAGCACCAAAAUGGAGAGCGCCAAAAUGGAGUGUGGGAAAGGCCCGAACACGAUGCCCAAAAUGAAGUCGCCCAGAAACGUGGCGAGGGGCACAUCAAACAAAACCAUAAUCAGUGCACCAAAAAAUGUAAAGGUAAAAAGUAAAGCGACAAACGAGACGACGAAGACACCAAAGAUGAUGAAGCGGAACAGCGAUGGGUGCAGCAGUGCUGGUGGGGUCAAACCAGAAGGAAAAGCCAGCGCAUCUCCCACCUCUGCAGUUAUUAGUACCAGCACUUCCUCAGUGACGUCUGCAAACCAAGGGACGGGUUCCAACGUACCUCACCCGAACGGUGGGUCCCCAACACACCAAAGCAUCCCCACAUGUGCAAGACAGACCAAUAAAAAUGAGAAAGGUGGUUCUACAGAAAAGGAUGUAACAUAUAACAUGAACGUGGUUAUUAGAUGCAGACCAAUGAGUGCUAGCGAAAAAAACGAAGGAGCAAAAAAUGUAAUAAAAAUUUUGGACAAUAAAAUGAUAGUGCUUCUAGAUCCUUCAGAUAACUCAGAUAAUGUAUUGAGACAAAAUAGAAGUCGAGAAAAAAAGUACGUCUUCGAUUACGUCUUUGAUGAGACUAGCUCCCAAGAGGAUGUAUACAAGAACAGCGUUAAAUGUUUAAUAGAUGCAGUGAUUGGAGGGUAUAACUCCACAGUUUUUGCUUAUGGAGCUACAGGUGCAGGAAAAACACACACAAUUAUAGGACACAAAAAUGAGCCCGGAAUCAUGAACAUGAUUUUGAGAGACUUAUUUGACAGAAUCAAAAAAAUGGAAGUAAUGAAUGAAUACAAAGUGAAGUGUUCCUUUAUUGAGAUUUACAAUGAGAAUAUAUGUGAUCUACUGAACCCGUCAGAUGAGUACCUAGAUGUGAGAGAAGAUCCCAUUAAAGGAGUUACCGUGUCUAACAUUUUCGAGGUCUGUACUACAUCUGUCGAGGAAAUUAUGGAACUAAUACAUACGGGGAACAAAAAUAGAACCCAAGAACCCACAGAUGCAAACAAAACAAGCUCUAGAAGCCAUGGAGUACUACAAGUAAUCGUAGAAGAAACAGAAAAGGGACAAGGAAUCUACCAACAAACCAAGAGGGGAAAACUAUGUGUUAUUGAUUUAGCAGGAAGUGAAAGAGCUAGCCAAACAAACAACAAAGGAAUGAGACUCUUAGAAGGAGCCAAUAUAAACAGAUCACUCCUAGCCUUAGGGAAUGUAAUAAAUGCUCUAGUGUCCAGAAGCAAAGGAACAAGCAAAUCCAAUUUUAUCCCCUUUAGGGACAGUAAGCUCACUCGGUUACUAAAGGACUCUCUAGGAGGGAACUGCAAAACGGUGAUGAUUGCAAAUGUGAGUCCAUCCCAUCUUUCCUACGAAGACACACAUAACACUCUGAAGUAUGCCAAUCGAGCGAAGAACAUAAAAAAUGUUGUCACAUCUAACGUAGUGGUGGUGAAGCAGCACCUUACCAUGUACAUUGAUGUGAUCGAGAAGCUGAAAAGCGAAAUUGAAUUUUUAAAGGAACAGCUACAUGAGAAGGGGAAGAUGAACGACUACUUGAGUUCCACAUCUACCAACUUCGACUACUACGACCAGCUGAAAGAGUACGAGCGCAACUGCUCCAGGGAAGAGCUCCUAAACAUAAUCUCUGCGUUGAAGCGCGAGAACCAGCGCCUGCGCAUGGGCGAGGGGGUGGACAUGGCAGACGUGGAGGGCGCGGCAGACGUGGAGAACGCGGCAGGCGUGGGGGGUGCGGCAGAUGUGGGGGGUGCUACCCUCGUGGGUGAUGCGAACGACGCUGUCGGGGCCGACGGACAGCUGCACGCGCAGCACGAUGAAGAAAUAGCCAAGCAUCAACAAGAGCUGAGUGACUUGAGAGCAGUCAAUGAGAAACUAUUCGUCGACAACAAGAAGUUUCACGAAAAGCUGCAAGAAUACAUGCAAGUCUCGCAGAAUCUACGGGUUCUAAAUGAAGAGUAUAAGCGCCAGAUUGACGGGUUCAAGGCCAUGAUGCAUACUAAUGAUGCCAACCAUGUCCUGAUCAAGAAGAAGCUCGACGACCUGCGCAAGAAAUACGAGCAGCUCAAGGUUUAGAUGGAGGCUCAUUUUGUUGGGGGCGUUUCUCGCCGCUGCUCGGUGUUGCUCUUUGGAGGUGCCUCGCCGCUGCUCGGUGUUGCCCAGUGUUGCUCGGUGUUGGAUGAGAGGAAAAAAAUAAAGUCAGUUAUCCUAAGUGUCGAGAGGAGACUCAUCACGAACAAGGAAGUUGGGGCGGAUGCCUUUUCCGAGGCAGACCUCCGCGGGUUGUACCAGAAGAAAAGCAAAAUGGACGAGGAACUGCAGAGGAACAUCCUGCAGACGAACGAGUUGCUAAAGGAGCUGCCCCUCCAGAUAAGGGACGAAAAGACGAAAAACUUCUUGUUCCUAUUUUACACGAACAAGGUGCUGCUGCAGGAGAAGGAGGAGCUACAGGAAUUCUUCGAGCUCUCUUCAACCAUCAUUAGCCAAAAGGAGAAACAAAUUAGCAGCCUGAAGGACCAGUUAAAAAUGACUGACGCGUGCGCCCUGUUAAAGAUGUGA